CUCUUUCUCUUCCCCUCCUAAUUCCUUCCCUCGGUCAUCUAAAACCCAGAAUCACCAUGAAGAAGAUCGAUCUAAUACUCAGAAAGUGCAAGAGCUUGUCCAGGCAAUUAGGAAGAACAUCCUCGUACAGCAGCCUGAGAUCCAAAUCUACCAAGGAAGAUGUCAUGUGGAGAAGCCAAGAACAAGAAGACGAGCACAGUGUAAUUAUAUAUGUUGGGAGUACGAGGAAGAGGUACGUGAUAAGCUCUAAGUAUCUGAACCAUCCUCUGCUGAAUGCUCUGAUCGAUAAGUCGAAGCAAAAGGAAGAUGUGUUGGUGGUGAACUGUGAGGUGGUUCUUUUUGAUCAUCUGCUGUGGAUGCUGGAGAAUGCAGAUCCUAAGUUUAGUUCUGAGUCUUUGGAAGAAUUGGUACAGCUCUAUGUGUUCUAAUUAAUUAAAAUUCUAUAUUCUUGUGUCUCUCGAGUUUUUUUUUUGGUCCUUAUAAUCUUCUUAUUCAAGUUAGCAUCAUCUCUAAUGGUUCUACAUUGCCCGGUUCCAAGUUCUAACUCAUUUCUUGGGCUCCAUAUAUGAUUCUUUCAUCAUGCUAAUGAAUAAAUGGCCUUUACGCAAUCA